GGGAAGUGGAGGGGGGUGAAGGUCCUCCAGGGCUAAAUCCCCCCCUCCCCCUCCCUCCCUGCCUUCUUCUUCUCUCUCCUUUGCAAAAGCCCCUCCUGGACUCGGGUGAGUCUCCUCUCUCCUCCCCCUGAGGGUGCAAUGGGGAGAAUGGGGUCCCAGGGGGGCAGGGAGGGGGCAUGGGGGUCCCUGCUCAGAUCAUGCCUGGGGGGGAGACCCCCAAGUCGGGGAGCAGAGGGUCCUCCCUUGUCCUCUCUGCCAAGCCAGGGAGGGGCCACUUCGCAGGAAAUAUGCAGCUCUGCUCUUCCUUGGGAUCCAGAUGCUGCCUUCCUUUCGGGGGAGGGGGCUUUGAGUCAAGAAAAUAAACCCCCUUCAGAGGGAGGGAAAAGUCACAUUUAAGAACAGAGGCUGCAGCCAGACGGGAACAUUCCCACGUGGGGGGAGCACAGGGAGAAGAAAAGCCCGUCUGCAUCUGCAGCAGCACAACAGGACCACUUCCUCUGUCCCAGAUGCAACAAUAUUAUAUUAUACAACAUAAUAUUACUACUACUACUACUACUAAUAAUAAUAAUAAUAAUAAUUUAUUUGUACCCCGCCCAUCUGGCCGGGUUUCCCCAGCCACUCUGGGCGGCUUCCACAAAAACGAAAAAGACACUAUUAUGUCAUACAUUUAAAACUUCCCUGAGCAGGGCUGCCUUAAGAUGUCUUCUGAAUGUCAGGUAGUUGUUUAUGUCUCUCCCCUGUCGCUCUCCACACCCAGGGCUGGCGCUGUGACCUUCCAACAACUGGAUCUCACUCCCAAAGACACACUCUUCCAUGGUCUCCCAAGACAGAUGACUGCCAACCAGCCAACCAUUCCCUCCUCACUCCUCCCCUCCUCCUGGUGCCCCUGGAAGUUGGCUUGAGGGCAUUGGGAGGGUCCAACCCACCAGAUGAAGGGAGAGGAGGUCCUUCCAUCUGGAAAAUGGGAAUGCUUGCAAAGAUUUACUUGAAGAUGAGUGCCAUAUAGAUAAAAAAACAUUAUUUUGUGGAAUUCCCCCAUUUACACAAAGAUUAAUGCCUAUCAUUUAAAUACACAACAAAAUUGUUACAGACAAGAACAGAGCAAUGUGUAGAAAAAUAUCAUCUUUGUGCUCCCUUUUUCUCUUAGGGUCCAGUGUGCUUUGAAGACGUAGCUGUUCCUUUCACAGAGGAGGACUGGGCUUUGCUGGAUCCUGACCAGAGAGCUCUGCAGAAGGAAGUCAAGGAGGAGAAUCCUGGGAUCGUGGCCUCUCUGGUAAGGCUCCCUGCUGGAUCAUAAGAUCAGUUUUGAAAUUCCAUACAGAUCUCUGAAGGACAAACCUCCUCUAUUUUGUUGUGUUUUUUUUUAAAUAAUUUUUUAUUAAGGUUUUGAACAAAGAAAAAAGAAAAACAACACACACACAAAAAAACAAUACAAAAUUUAACAAUAAAAACACAAAACUUAACAAUUAAAAACAAACUCUCUUUUCCAUUCCCAAUUUUACAUUACUUAUUUUCUGGACUUCCUCAUACCUCCCUCUUUUGUAUUCCAAUCCACAUUAUUUGUCCAGCAGUUUCUUUUCCACUUUUUAAACCCAAUCUUUAAUUCAAUAAAAUGUUAAAAUAUAUAACUUCAACUUUUUUAAACCUAAUCCUUAUUCUUAAUGUCAUAUACCUUUAAAUUUUUCCCUUUUAUUAUCAAAUUUCCAUUUCUUUAAACAUCUUUAAUCUUGAUCUUUAGUCUUAAUCUAUCUUUAACUUUAACCUGUACAGCUGGAAACCACUUAUUUUCAAUCCAACAUCACUCUAACAUUCCUUAAUUUUGCAGUGUUUCUGAAGAUAGUCUUUGAAUUUCUUCCAGUCUUCCUCCAUCGACUCUUCUCCCUGGUCACGGAUUCUGCCAGUCAUUUCCGCCAAUUCCAUAUAGUCCAUAAGUUUCAUCUGCCAUUCCUCCAGCGUGGGAAGUUCUUGUGUCUUCCAAUACUUUGCGAUGAGUAUUCUUGCUGCUGUUGUUGCAUACAUAAAGAAAGUUCUAUCCUUUUUAACACCAUUUGGCCCACUAUGCCCAGGAGAAAGGCCUCUGGUUUCUUAGGAAAGGUAUACUUAAAUACCUUUUUAAUUCAUUAUAUAUCUUUUCCCAGAAAGCCUUAAUCUUUGGGCACGUCCACCAAAGGUGAAAAAUGUACCUUCAGUUUCUUUACAUUUCCAACAUUUGUUAUCGGGCAAGUGAUAGAUUUUCGCAAGCUUGACUGGGGUUAUGUACCACCUGUAUAUCAUUUUCAUAAUAUUCUCUCUUAAGGCAUUACAUGCCGUAAAUUUCAUACCUGUGGUCCAUAACUGUUCCCAGUCAGCAAACAUAAUGUUAUGUCCAACGUCCUGUGCCCAUUUAAUCAUAGCCGAUUUUACCGUUUCAUCUUGAGUAUUCCAUUUCAGCAGCAAGUUAUACAUUCUUGACAAAUUCUUAGUUUUGGGUUCUAACAAUUCUGUUUCUAAUUUGGAUCUUUCCACCUGGAAGCCAAUUUUCCUGUCCAAUUUAAAUGCCUCCAUUAUCUGAUAAUAAUGAAGCCAGUCUCGCACUUUGUUUUUAGUUUUUCAAAACUCUGCAAUUUCAGUCUAUCUCCGUCUUGUUCCAAAAUUUCCCAAUAUUUCGGCCAUUUGACCUCCAUAUUGACCUUUUCAAGGCUUUCGCUUCCAUUGGUGACAGCCACCUUGGGGUUUUGUUUUCUAACAAAUCCUUAUAUCUUAACCAAACAUUGAAUAGCGCUUUCCUGACAAUGUGGUUUUUAAAUGCUUUAUGUGCUUUGACCUUAUCAUACCAUAGAUAUGCAUGCCAUCCAAAUACAUUAUUGAAACCUUCCAAGUCCAAAAUGUCAGUGUUUUCAAGAAGUAGCCAUUCUUUCAACCAGCAAAAGGCUGCUGAUUCAUAAUAAAGUUUAAGGUCUGGCAGGGCAAAUCCACCUCUUUCCUUUGCAUCUGUUAGUAUUUUAAAUUUUAUUCUAGGCUUCUUGCCCUGCCAGACAAAUUUAGAGAUAUCUUUCUGCCACCUCUUGAAACAAUCCAUUUUGUCCACAAUCUGCAAAGUUUGAAACAAGAACAACAUUCUAGGCAAUACAUUCAUCUUUAUCGCAGCAAUACGGCCUAGCAGUGAAAGCUUCAAAUUUGACCAAAUUUCUAAAUCUUUUUCACUUCUGACCAACAUUUUUCAUAAUUAUCUUUAAAUAAAUUCCCAUUUUUUGCUGUCAUGUUAAUCCCCAGGUAUUUAACUUUCUUGACCACUGUUAAACCUGUCUCAUUCUGAAACCUCUCUCUUUCAAACGGUGUUAAAUUUUUCUCUAAAACCUUGGUUUUUGAUUUGUUCAAUUUAAAUCCUGCCACUUGACCAAAUUCUUGAAUCAGUUCUAAAACCCUUUUUGUACUAGAUUCUGGCUCCUGUAACGUCAAUACUAAGUCAUCUGCAAAUGCUCUCAAUUUAUAAUGUUUAAUUCCGACCUGUAUACCUUUAACCAUCUGGUCCCUUCUGAUCAUAUUCAGCAGAACCUCCAGGACCGAAAUAAAAGAAGUGGGGAAAUUGGGCAACCUUGUCGUGUCCCUUUUUCAAUUUUAAGUUCUUCCGUAACAACAUUAUUUACAAUUAGUUUAGCCUUUUGUUCUGAAUAAAUUGCACUUAUACCAUUCUCAAAACCUUGGCCUACCCCCAUACCCUGAAGGUUCUUCUUCAUAAAAUUCCAAGAAAUAUUGUCAAAGGCUUUCUCCGCGUCUACAAAUAUCAACACUGCUUUAGUGUUAAUAUUCACUUCUAGUUUUUCCAGGAUAUCAAUUAUAUUCCUCAAAUUAUCAGACAAAUGUCUUCCUGGGAGAAAGCCCGCUUGGUCUUUAUGAAUCUCUUCCAACAGCACUUUCUUAAAUCUCUUCGCCAAAAUAUCUGCAAAAAUUUUAUAAUCCACAUUAAGUAAUGAUAUAGGGCGGUAGUUCUUAAGUUGUGUCUUUUCAGUCUCUGUUUUUGGUACAAGUGUAAUGUACGCUUCUUUCCACGACUCUGGUGCCCUCUUCCCCUCCAUAAUUUCGUUGCAGACCUCUUUCAAUGGUUGGAUUAACCAUUCUUUUAAAGAUCUAUAGUAUCUAGAGGUCAAGCCGUCUGGUCCUGGAGAUUUACCCAGUUGCAUAUUUUGAAUGGCACCUUCUAUUUCCUGUUCAGUUAUUCUGUCGUUCAAAAUUAGUCUCUUUUCUUGAGAUAUUUUUGUAAUCCAUUUGUUUUCAAAAAUUGGUCUAAAUCUGUUUCUUUCACUGGCCCUUGAGUAUAUAGUCUUUUAAAAUACUUCUGGAAACAACUUCUAAUCUCUGCAGGGUUCUGUAUAUUCCUUCCUUCCACUUCUAGAUUCGUAAUCGUAUUUAAUUUUUGUCUCUUUUUCAUUUGCCAUGCCAACAAUUUACCACAUUUAUUAGCCGAUUCAAAAGUCUUUUGUCUCAUUUGUUUAAUCUUCCAUUCUAUUUCCUGAUUCAUUAUUUUCAUAUAUUGUACUUGAUGUAACUUUAACUCUCUCAGAAUCUCUUGAGAUUUGGGAUUUACUCGCAGUCUUUUUUCACAUUCAUUCAUUUUAUUCAUAAUUUUAUCCUUCUUUUCAUUUUGAGUUUUUUUCUUUAUCGCAUUCUGUUGUAUUAGGAACCCUCUCAUAACAGCUUUACUUGCGUCCCAGAUUACUCUUUUCUCCACGUUGGAACUGAGAUUUAUCUCGAAGUAAUCUCUUAGAGUUUUUUGGGCCUUCUUAAGAAAUUCUUCAUCUCUGAAUAAGGUGUCAUUCAUCUUCCAUCUGAAGGAGCCAGUUGGUGUUAGUCUCAUUUCCAUCUUAACAGCAUUAUGGUCGGAGCAAAUUUUCGGGCAGAUUUCCACCUUUCUUGUCUUUGGUGCCAUUCCUCUAGUUAUCCAAAUUUGGUCAAUUCUUGUCCAAGUCAUUUUGGCUUCAGAAAAGAAAGUUCCCUCUUUUGCCAAGGGGUUUCUAAUUCUCCAAAUAUCCACUAAGUCCAAGUUGUCUGUCAUGUCAAAAAAGGUUUUCGGUAGUCUACCAUCUUUGGUGACUACCUGUCUUUGUGCCUUGUCCAUAUAAGUAGAUACCACUCCAUUCAUAUCUCCCAUCAAAAUCAUGUUGUAAUCCAUAUGGUCCAUCAAGGUCUCAUGCAACUUCUUUUAAAAAUCAGAUUUCCCAUCAUUUGGUGCGUAAACUCCUACAAUCAAAAAUUUUUCUCCUUGUGUUUGAAUUUCAAUUGCCACAAAUCUUCCUUGGUCAUCCUUAAAAACAAAUUUUGGUGAUAAAUUGUCUUUUGCGUAAAUCACAACCCCUCUCUUUUUAACUUUAUCUGACGAAAUAAAUUCCUGACCAAGUCUUUUAUUUAUCAACAAUUUCCUGUGUAAUCUUGUUAUGUGUGUUUCUUGUAAACAAAUUAGGUCCAAUUGUUCCUUUUUUAAUAUAUGAAAUACUGACUUCCUCUUCUGAGGGGAAUUCAGACCCCGACAGUUCCAUGUUAGAAGUUGCAGGGCCAUGAUGUUAUUGUUUUAGUUCUCCUCCUACUGCACCUAGUGCCUGUUCCUCAUCCGUCGGUGGUAUCCCUUCUUUCGAAAGGUCUUUUGGUUCCGGAGAUAGUUCUUUUUGUAGGUCUUCUCCGUGGUCUCUACAAAAUUUGUCUUUGUCGUCUUCUGAUCUUAUUUUCCUCUUCUUUCCUUUGUAGCUAAAAGACAGGCCUUGAGGAAGUUCCCACCUGAAAUUGAUAUUGUUCCUUCUCAGCAGGAUAACCAAGUCUUUAUAUUUUGAUCUGAGAUCCAGAAGAUAUUUCGGAAUAUCUUUGAAUAUUUCCACCCUUGUCCGAUGGAUUUCCAGUGCCUUCUUAAAAUGUAGGCCCAAAAUCUUAUCUCUCUCUUCUUUUGUUCGAAAAGUAAUCAGACAGUCUCUCACCUUCUUCUCUCCUCUUCUCCCAAGUCUAAAGGCAUUUACUAUUCUGAAACUGUCUUUUACCAAUUCUGGAUCCCAAAAGUCCAAAAAUUCCUGCGUGAGAAAUUCAGCUAGAUUGUCCUUUUCCACCUCAGGUACCGAUCUGACCCGAAGGUUCACUUGCUUCUCCUUCAAAUCUAUCAUAGACAGAGUUAGUUUGUGGUCUUCCAAUUGUUUAUGCAGUGUUGGUAAUUCCUCUUGAACCUCUUUAACUUCCGUAGCAGAAGUUGUAGCAAUUUCUUUAGCCUCUUCAGCAAUCUGGCGAAUUGAGGCCGAUUCCUCUAAUAAUUUCUGGAUAGUCUCUGUGUUAGUAUUUACUUUUUGGCCCAAAUUAUUUAUACUUACUGUAUUCUGAUUAGUACUUGCUGUAUUCUGGUUAAUACUUGCUGUAUUCUGAUUAAUACUUAAUGUAUUUUGGUCAAUCUUCUCAGAAGCCUCUGCUACUUGUUGACUUAUUUUAUUCAAAGAUUCAUUAACUUUGGCCAAAACAUGAGCAAAGGCUUCUUCACUUGUCGUACUUUUUACCUUUGAUUGUGCCGAUGAGGUUGUUGAUGAGGUUCCAGAGGGGCCUGAGGCCGAAGCUCUCCUUUGUAAUCCUUCUUCUGUGCGAAGAAUCUUCCCAGAUCUUGUGGUCAAAGCAUCCGCUUUCUCUUUCCCCUCUGCCAUUCCUUAGAUAACUCCAAGGUCAGUCACGUAUUUGAAGUUAAACAGUGGAAAUUUCCUAGCCAAGCAGUGUGAGAACUCCUCAAGUCUGCUACAGUUUCAAUUGUAACAAAUUGUAACAGUUCCAAGUUCCACUAGGGGGACACUGUAACAGUCAUAAAAGUUCUUGGAUACUUUAAUUCCUUUUUUUUUUCAAGCCCCCCUAGUUUUUUCAGAACAGAAGCAGUCUAUUCAGAAUUGUUAACUUAAGACCAGGAGGUUGAGGGGUGAUAUGAUAGCCAUGUUCAAAUAUAUAAAAGGAUGUCACAUAGAGGAGGGAGAAAGGUUGUUUUCUGCUGCUCCAGAGAAGCGGACACGGAGCAAUGGAUCCAAACUACAAGAAAGAAGAUUCCACCUAAACAUUAGGAAGAACUUCCUGACAGUAAGAGCUGUUCGACAGUGGAAUUUGCUGCCAAGGAGUGUGGUGGAGUCUCCUUCUUUGGAGGUCUUUAAGCAGAGGCUUGACAACCAUAUGUCAGGAGUGCUCUGAUGGUGUUUCCUGCUUGGCAGGGGGUUGGACUCGAUGGCCCUUGUGGUCUCUUCCAACUCUAUGAUUCUAUGAUUCUAUGAUUCUAUGAUUCUAUGAUUCUAUGAAAUAUAUUCACAUAAAUUGUCCAAACUUUUAUUUCUUGUGCUGGACUAGCUGUCAAAAUGUAUUGCAAGACAGUACCUCUCUUUCUUUCCUGAGAUCUGGAGAUCCUUUCCCAGGGAGUUGAGUGGUGGUUCAAUCCCUUCUUUUCCACCCUUUAUGAAGAAAUCACAUCCACAAUUCUCCCCCUUUUCCCUCAAUUUGAAAGGGGGAAAGUCCAGGUUAGAUGAUUGGAUUAAAGUCCGCUAAAACGUACUUUCCAGUUGCUUCCGCUUUCAAGUUCAAUGCUUUAUUUUAUCUACAAAUAAAGAGGCUGACUUCCUUUUUAAGCCUCUUUCCGUUUUCGGCCAGAUUCCAAUUUUAUACAGUUCCAAUUUAAAUUGUAUCCUACUCACGGAUCGUUGAUUUUCAGGUCCGGAUUUUAAGGAAGAAAGGCAGCGCUCUCCGAUCAACAGCUUGCGGCUUCACACCACGAACGAGCAGACAGCCCACAGCACAGCGCUCUCCCCGCUCCGCUUCAAAGCCCGUUGCCGGGCUUCCUACCGGGUUGGGGGGGGGCGCCAAAUGUGCCCGCUGGGUCCCAGGCUCACAGGCUUCUCCCGCCUGUGAUUUUUAGGGGUCCCCCGCUACGCCGAAAGCGGGAUCCGACCCUUAAUUCGUAGUGAGAUUUCCUCCGGUGGAGGAAAUCCACCAUUAAUCGCUGGCGCCGCCUCCGGAAGUCCAAACCUCCUCUAUUUUGAGGGAGCCCCAUAGCGCCGCCUACAGCAUCUGAGAUGUUAACACACCCACAACUCUCCAUAGGAGAUGUAUCUCCUGUUCUGUCUGGGAAUAUUCUUCCACCAGUCCUGCCUUUUCCAACCGUGAGGAGGCUGGUCUGAGCUGCCCAAGCCUUCUUCAGUGUAGGCUUCAGAGAUAUUAAGGACAUGGAGGUACAUCCUGUCUAAUUUUCUGUUUCCCUUUCUGCAUCUGUUUUUGGUUGAGCAAAGAAAUGACUGAGCUUGGAGAUGGAGCGGAUUCCAUGACUGAGCCAAAUUAAAUCCAUCCCUGGAAAGAGCCAGGCUUUUCGAAUCUCCGGGUCCCAUAAAUAAGUUAGCUAAUACCAGCCAAAAAAGGCAGUAACUCCCUUCCCUUCUUCCUCUUUCACAAACAUUCAUUUGCAUUGUUCAGUCAUUUCAGCCUCAAUUUCUUUCUCAGGCUAGGAUUGUUAUUAUUAUUAUUAUGAUUAUUAUUAUAGAUAUCAGGAAACUUGAUGAGGAAUUAAGGGGAAAGACAGUGUUGACCCAGAGUAGUUACAAAAUGUAUGUUCUCUCCCGAGUGCCACAGACCCUCCUCCAAAGAGAGCUUCUCUGAAGAAAGCACAAGCAAAAAUUACUCCAUUUUACAUGAAUAAGGAAAAUGAGGAGGUGGCUAAGAAACAGCAGGAGCCAGAUCCUAUUACUGACCUUAUAGGAUCUCUCAGCAGCUCUAAGGAUGAGCAGAAAGAGGUUUUGGGCCCAGGCAGCUCAACUGCUAAGUCAUCUCUGGCACUGAGACCAGGAGCUCAAGCGACUCAAGGCCAAAUUCAGGCUAAACAAGUAGAGGAACUAAUGUUAAAAAUUACAAAAUAGUGCAAUAUUUAAAAAAAGUUGACUUUAAAAACUUUUGAACCUGCUUGAGAGCAGCUCAUGCUCUGGGUCCAGACAGAACACUAAGAAGCUUGUACUAUUCUAGAAUCUGCACACCAGAUCCCUAUAUCAAUAUGAAACGAUAUGCAAGGUUAUCAAAUGGUCUGAUGUCCUGUCAAAAGCCAAAACCAAACCAACUAGGGAGAGGGUUUUCAUAAAAAGGAAUUGGAAAUGGGUGCUGUCUCAAAAUAAGCUACUUCUCUCAAGCUACCCUAAGCCUUUGGGAAUCUUGUCACAAGAGGAGCGUAAAGUUUGUGAAGAUGGUGUAUAAGCACAGAGAAUAUCUAUGGAGGAGUGGUGUAUCAGUCUCAAGAUUAUUCCAAAAUGUGGCAUCACCAGCUCCUCUGCUUCCACAUACAGCAACACCUCCAAAAGUCCUCGAUCCAAGGCAGACUUUCCUGCUUUAGUUGACAAAGAUUCUGCAGGUGACAAUCCUGACUAGUCAGCUGACCUGGACCCCAAGGAACCCCUAACUCAAAGCCCCGGGGUCUUUGCAGUUGAGGAAUCUGGGGAAGGACCUACUUGACAGAACUGAAAAGAAUUGUUUACAUGCCUUCUGUGCUCUGCCACAAGACGCCCAGAAUGAAAUAUUCUCCAGAUUUGACCUCUGACGUUCCUGCCUAAUGAGUUUGAAGAAGGAACACAAGGGCUCAUGCAAGCAAAACUUGACCCUUUGUGCUCCAGAUCCUGCCCACCAGAUAUUCCACCGUGAGUUGAAUUUAUGGGCUGAAAAGCCACCUCCUCCCCCCACCAGGUUAAUGAACCCUCUUGCCUACCAAUUGGAGCUUCCCCAAAGAUUUGGUCCCCAUGCAAGAGGCAAAUAUGGCCACAACGCCUGCCUGGCUUGCAAUGAGAGAGCUCAAAGAUUGUGAACUGGGCUCUGCAUACAAAGAACCAAGCAUGCAGGCACCUACAGUACAUGUACAGUGCUACCUCGGGUUCCAUACGCUUCAGGAUACAGACUCCGUGAACCCAGAAAUAGUGCUUCAGGUUAAGAACUUUGCUUCAGGGUGAGAACAGAAAUUGUGCUCCAGCGGCACAGUGGCAGCAGGAGGCCCCAUUAGCUAAAGUGGUGCUUCAGGUUAAGAACAGUUUCAGGUUAAGUACGGAUCUCUGGAACGAAUUAAGUACUUAACCUGAGGUACCACUGUAAUAGCUACUGUGCUAUUUUCUGCCCAUGCUCUGGGGUUGCAGUUUUCAGGCUUGGGGACAGGGUGGUGACUGGUUUUUGCACCAAGUUGUGUUCAUAAGCCCCACUGAGUUCAAGGGUUCCACCUUGAGGUCACUACUGGACAGACCCUGCCAGCCUUACGAAGUCGGGUGAUUAGCAAACAGGGGAAACUGGAACGACAGGAGAUGUUUCGAAAUGGGGCUUCUGUUGGGAAGGGGCUGCCCCAUUUGUGCUUCUCCAGGGGCAGGAGAAUAUCUAGGGCAGGAGAAUCCCUGCCGGGCCUCUGAGGCUCCCUUUGCUUCUUCCUCUCUCCCAGGACCCUGCAGCUUCUUUUGGCUCCUUGACUCAGGAAGGAUGAAAGAGACGGAUCCUGUCAAGCUAGAGGAGAUGGAAGAGGGAAGAUGGACGGAUGACCUGGUCCGGCUGUCUCCUGCAUCCCUCCCCACAACCUCUGAGCACUCCCUCCCAGGGACCUCCGAGAGAUCUGGUGAGUCCCAGGGGAGGGGAGAUGGGGACAUGGAGGGAUGGAGCCGGAGAGGAAUUGGGGCUUGCUCAGCUUGAGGGUGGGGGGGAGGCAGGCAAGCGGAUGGAGAUGGAGAAGGGGAGCACCUUUUCGGGCUCCCCCGCCUGCCUGCCUGCCUGCCUGCGCCUUUGUCAUCUGCAGGCAAUUUGAGCUAGGAAUAGAUCACAGCUCCCCGGCCACCGCGAUGUAUUGGAAGCUCAAAAGGUCUAAAACCAGUUCUGUGAUCUGAAUGCCCUACCAAUUUCAGACAACUCACUGAUCCAUCGUGCAGCACUGGACUCCUUAAGGGAACCUGAUCCUGCUGUGCAGUGAGAACUCAGAUGGGGCCUCCGUGUGUUGCCUUUUUCUCUUCUUUUUGUAUAACUUUUAUUAGCUUUAUAAAACAAGGAAGAUAGGAAUAAUAGAUGAUACAAAUAUGUAGGCUGUGUCUGUAUAUCUCAAACAUAGCAGAAUAAAUUUGCAGGAGUAUCUAUAACAUAUAGUUCAUCUUUUCUUGAGCAAUAUUUUGCCAUAUAUUCAUCAAAACAUUUCCACUCCUUUUUAAAUUUUUGAUUCGACUGAUUUCUUCUUAUAGCAGUUAAUUUUGCCAGAAUUAAAUAUUCAUUUAGUUUACAAAUCCAUUCCUCCUUUGUGGGUAUAGUUUGUGACUUCCACCGAGCAGCAAUCACUAUUCUAGCAGCUGCACUUGUGGAAUGUAAUGGCAUCCGCCACACUUUCCUGUGCCAACUCUCCGUGCCAACUGUGAGCCUUAAGCUGUCUUCCUGGCUCCAAGCCGAGUUUCGCAGCAGCGGUCGUGCCUUGGGUGGGUGAUAAAUCCAAGGCUGUACGCAGGCUUCUUGCUCAUCUAAGAAGUCUUUAAUCAUUUACGGAAAAACAUCAUAAAUCAACCUGGAGAUCGAGCGGACAUCUCCUCGGCUCGACAGCUAAAAACGAAAGUAACUCGCACACAAAGAAAGAUUCCCGUAUGUGAACAAGACCACACCUCAGAAUGUCACACAGAACUGUUUAACCCUGUAAGUUCUGAUUCUCCUCACAGUACUUGCAUAUAGAAAAAUACUCCCCCCCCCCGUGGUAUCUCUUCAUCUCUCAAUCCAAGGAGAUAUGUCUCUGGUUUCUUUGUUAUUGAUAUUUUCAACAUCUUCUUUAGUUCUUCGUGUACUACUAUCCAAAAUUUCUUAAUUUCCUCACACCUCCACCACAUAUGUAUUGUUGUUCCUAUUUUUCCACAACAUCUCCAACAGAGGUUGGAUUUCAAUUUGUAUAUCUUUGCCAGCUUAACUGGCGUUAAGUACCACCUAUAGAACAUCUUUACAAAAUGUUCUUUAAUUGUAUAUGAGGCAGUAAAUCGUAUAUCCUCUCGCCAGAGUUUCUCCCAUUGCUCUAGAUAGAUAGUAUGUCCGAGAUCCUUCAGUUGGUUAAAGGUAUACAGGUUGGAGCCAAACACUACAAAUUGAGAGCAUUUGCAGAUGACUUAGUAUUGACGUUACAGGAGCCAGAAUCUAGUACCAAAAGGGUUUUAGAAUUGAUUCAAGAAUUUGGUCAAGUUGCAGGAUUUAAAUUGAAUAAGGUAAAAACUAAGGUUUUAGAGAAAAAUCUAACACCAAUAUAGAGAGAGAGGUUUCAGAAUGAGACAGGUCUAACAGUGGUUAAGAAAGUUAAAUAUUUGGGGAUUAACUUGACAGCAAAAAAUGGGAACUUAUUUAAAGACAACUAUGAAAGAUGUUGGGCUGAAGUGAAAAAGAUUUAGAAAUUUGGUCAAAUUUGAAGCUUUCACUGCUGGGCCGUAUUGCUGCUGUAAAAUGAAUGUAUUGCCUAGAAUGUUGUUUUUGUUUCAUACAUGGCAAAUUGUGGACAAAAUGGACUGUUUCAAGAGGUGGCAGAGAGAUAUUUCUAGAUUUGUCUGGCAGGGCAAGAAGCCCAGAAUAAAAUUUAGAAUAUUAACAGAUGCAAAGGAUAGAGGUGGAUUUGCCCUGCCAGACCUUAAACUUUACUAUGAAUCAGCAGCUUUCUGCUGGUUGAAAGAAUGGCUGCUUCUUGAAAACACUGACAUUUUGGAUUUAGAAGGUUUUAACAACGUAUUUGGGUGGCAUGCAUAUCUGUGGUAUGACAGGGUCAAAGCACAUAAAGCAUUUAAAAACCAUAUUGUCAGGAAAGCACUGUUUAAUGUUUGGAUAAGAUAUAAGGAUUUAUUGGAAAACAAAACUCCAAGGUGGCUGUCACCAAUGGAAGCGAAAGCCUUGAAAAAGCUCAAUAUGGAGGUCAAAUGGCCAAAAUAUUGGGAAAUUUUGGAACAAGAUGGAGACAGAUUGAAAUUGCAGAGUUUUGAAAAACUAAAAACAAAGUGCGAGACUGGCUUCAUUAUUAUCAGAUAAUGGAGGCAUACAAUUUGGAUAAGAAAAUUGGCUUCCAGGUGGAAAAAUCAAAAUUAGAAACAGAACUGUUAGAACCCAAAACUAAGAAUUUGUCAAGAAUGUAUAACUUGCUGCUGAAAUGGAACACUCAGGAUGAAACGGUGAAAUCUGCUAUGAUUAAAUGGGCACAAGAUGUUGGACAUAACAUCAUGUUCGCUGACUGGGAACAGUUAUGGACCACAGGUAUGAAGUUUACGGCAUGUAAUGCCUUAAGAGAGAAUAUUAUGAAAAUGAUAUACAGGUGGUACAUAACCCCAGUUAAGCUUGCGAAAAUCUACCAUUUGCCUGAUAAUAAAUGUUGGAAAUGUAAAGAAACUGAAGGUACAUUUUUUUCACCUUUGGUGGACGUGCCCAAAGAUUAAGGCUUUCUGGGAAAUGAUAUAUAAUGAAUUAAAAAAGGUAUUUAAGUAUACCUUCCCUAAGAAACCAGAGGCCUUUCUCCUGGGCAUAUUCGGCCAACUGGUGUUAAAAAAGGAUAGAACUUUCUUUAUGUAUGCUACAACAGCAGCAAGCAUACUCAUCGCAAAGUAUUGGAAGACACAAGAGCUACCCACACUGGAGGAAUGGCAGAUGAAAAUGAUGGACUACAUGGAAUUGGCGGAAAUGACUGGCAGAAUCCGUGACCAGGGAGAAGAGUCGGUGGAAGAAGAUUGGAAGAAAUUUAAAGACUAUCUUCAGAAACAUUGCAAAAUUAAAGAAUGUUAAAGUGAUGUUGGAUUGAAAAUAAGUGGUUUCCAGCUGUACAGGUUAAAGAUAAGGAUAGAUUAAGAUUAAAGAUUAAGAUUAAAGAUGUUUAAAGAAAUGGAAAUUUGAUAAUAAAAGGGAAAAAUUUAAAGCUAUAUGACAUUAAGAGUAAGGAUUAGGUUUAAAAAGUUGAAGUUAUAUAUUUUAACAUUUUAUUAAAUUAAAGAUUGGGAUUAAAAAGUGGAAAAGAAACUGCUGGAUAAAUAAUGUGGAUUGGAAUACAAAAGAGGGAGAUAUGAGGAAGUCCAGAAAAUAAGUAAUUUAAAAUUGGAAAUGGAAAAGAGAGUUUGUUUUUAAUUGUUAUGUUUUGUGUUUUUAUUGUUGAGUUUUGUAUUGUUUUUUGUGUGUGUUGUUUUUCUUUUUUCUUUGUUUAAAACCUUAAUAAAAAUUAUUUAAAAAAAAAUAGAUUAAGAUUAAGGAUUAGGAUUAGGAUUAAAAAGGUUAAAAGAAUGGAAAAUUGGUUUUUAAUAGGUAAAAAUUUAAUGUUAUAUUAUAUUAAGAUUAAGGACUGGGAUUAAAAAGGAGGGAAAGGAAUUGCUGGACUAACAAACUGAAUUGGAAUACAAAAGAGGGAGGUAUGAGGAGGUCCGGGAAACAAGUAAAUGUAAAAGUAGUGAUGAAAAGAAGGAAUUGUUUUUUAACUGUUUUUUCUUUUUUCUUUUUGAAUUUUGUUUGUGUACUUUUCUUUAUAUUCUUGAAUUUUUCUUUUUUGUUGAUGUGAUUUUUUCUUUAUGAAACUUUAAUAAAUAUCAUUUUUUAAAAAAAGUAUGUCCGAGAUCCUGAGACCAUUUAAUCGUUUCUUUUUUCUUUAUUUCUUUCUUUUUUUAAAUGAUAUUUAUUAAAGUUUCAAAGAAUACAAAAACAAAAAAUAAAAAUACAAGAAAAUACAAAAUACAGAAAAAAGAAUAAAAAUUUUAAAAUAUAACAAAAAGAAGAAAAAUAAAGAAAAACAUACAAGAUACAAACAGUUAAAAACACGUUAACUUUCCAUAGCAUAUCUUCCUUACCCUUAUUUCCCCGGACCUCCUCAUACCUCCCUUUUUUGUAUUCCAGUUCAGUUUGUUAGUUCAGCAAAUCCUUACCAUUAAGCUUUUACCCAUUUGUAAACCUUUUUUCGUAUCUCUUCAAGCAUUACAGCUGGAAACCACUUAGUUCCUAUCCAACAUCCUUCUAAGAUUCAUUAAUUUUACAAUAUUUCUGUAAAUAGUCUUUAAAUUUCUUCCAGUCUUCUUUCACCGACUCUUCUCCCUGGUCUCGGAUUCUGCCAGUCAUUUCUGCCAAUUCCAUGUAGUCAAUCACCUUCAUCUGCCAUUCUUCCAGAGUGGGUAGAUCUUGUGUCUUCCAAUACUUUGCAAUGAGUAUUCUUGCUGCUGUUGUAGCAUACAUAAAAAAGUUCUGUCCUUCUUUGGCACCAAUUGGCCGACAAUGCCCAGAAGAAAGGCCUCUGGUUUCUUCAAGAAGGUAUAUUUAAAUACCUUUUUCAGUUCAUUAUAUAUCAUUUCCCAGAAAGCCUUAAUCCUUGGGCACGUCCACCAAAGGUGAAAGAAUGUACCUUCAGUUUCUUUACAUUUCCAGCAUUUAUUAUCGGGCAAAUGAUAGAUUUUGCAAGCUUGACUGGGGUCAUGUACCAUUUAAUCAUCGUUUCUUUCACUUCUUCCUCCAUCAAUUCCCAGUCCAAUAAAAGAUUAUAGGUUUUGGAUAACAAUUUCUUGUUGUUGUUUAUCACUGUGACUUUAAAUUUCGAAUCUUCUUUGCAAAUCCUUUCUUUUGAUCCGAGUUGAAUAUACUUCUAAGUUGUAUAUAUUGCCAUCUGUCAAUUUAAAUUUUGACUUACCAGAUUCAAAUAACUUCUGAUGGGGAGCGUUCAGGUGAAGAUGUUGCUGUUUGCUUUCACAGACAAGGCGUGGACGUUGCUGGAUCCUGACCAGAGAGAUCAGCAUAAAGAGGUCAAGGAGGAGAAUCGUGGGAUCGUGGACUCUCUUGGUAAGGCUCCCUGUUGGAUCAUAACAUGUUGUGAUUGCAGAUGGAGUGGAUUCCAUGAUUGAGCCAGAACAAAAUCCAUCCCAGAUAAAAGCCAAGCAAUAUGUCAGUUAAUACCAGCUGAUACGGAAGGGGGGGGGCAUGUCUUCUUCUUCACCUUCUUCGCUACAAUAUAUCCAUUUAUUUCCAAUUGCCAAUGUCAAAAGGGACUAAAAUCUAUAAAAUUCAUAGAAAAUCAACUUGCCAAUUUGCUCAAUUUCUCUAGGACUCCAUGACACCUCCCCUGCCCUCCAUAAUCCCUCAAGCAAGGUGUCAAGACCCUAAUCCUGUCAAAUCGCUCUGCCAAGCCCUUCCUCCGGGCGAUGCCAGGUGACAGACUAUGCAUACAUGGACCAUUGUCUUCUCAGGAUGUGCUUAUCUGCGCAUAUCUCCAGCUCUGCAUAUUCCCCCCUCCCUCCUCCAUAUGUUAAUCCGGUGUAACCCAACCUCUUCCUAAUGUAUUCGUGAUGUAAUCUGUGUAACCCAACCUCUUCUUAAUGUAUUCAUGAUGUAACUGGGAUGUAUUUUGCACUGUAUUCUGGGACAUGGAGGGAAAUUUCAAAAGUUCAUGUCACCCCUUUCUCGCUGUUCAAUCUCGUCUUGAACCUGUUGCGCAAUAAACUUGGAUCUCCUGGAACUUGCUCCCGUCUCCGGCUGAGCUCAUUUUCUUCCGCAGGGACCCGCGGACUCAGUCCGACGAGCUGGGUGGCAGAGUAACCCCGCACCCAGAUUUUACCGUAACAGUUGGCGCCCCAACGUGGGGCUUGCGGUUCUCCCGAGCUGCUGACCGGGGGCCCCAAAAUCUUCAGCCGGCUCCGGGCCAUUUUGCCUGGGAAGAUCCUUUUGGACCCCCGGCCAUCUUCCGGGCGGUAAUCGAAAGCCCUAGGAGUUCAGCCGGGGAGCAAAGAGGGAUCCAGCCGGCUUAUUCAUCGAUCCCGGGAUCAUCGUAGAAGACACGUGAGUAUAAGGAAAAGAAAAUCCAGUGCACUGGUGGGAAGGGGUGGAAGUCUCCUGGCAACUGAAUUCUCUGCCCUCCUCUCUAUCGUUCCUUCUCACCUUUCUCUUGGUCCGGUUAGUGAGAGAGACCGUGGACCACCGCUCGACCCGAAAGGGGGGUUCUGAGCUCUAUCUCUUUUUCUAAACCCUCCAGCCAGCCGCACCAAUUGGGAGCCCGAAAGUAAGACGGAGAGAGCCGACUUGAAAAAUAGCCGACCCUCCGCAACGGGCAUCCCAGUUGAAAGCAAGGGGUUGGAGUUCUCUUUCCGAGCUUCCCGAGCGUCCUUCCUAGGAGGCAGGAAGUGGUCUGGCUUUCUGUAUCAAUCCCAGCCGCACUGGUCGGUGCCACGUAACACGUGUAUCGUGCGUGAGCCCGCUUCCAAAAGCAAGGGGGAUUUUCGGUUCGAAACUCUAUCCAGGGAUCACCCGAUCUGGCACCGCACGGCACGGGCGUUCAGUAGGGCCCCUUUUCCUGAGAUUGUGACGAUAGGUAGGAGGUUGCCAGGAGGGAUAGCCCAUGAGGAAUUGGGCGGGAUUUGGCAGAGUGGAAAGGAACCCCAAGAUUUGGAAUAGGAAAUAAGGAAAGGAAUAAAGGGAAACCGGAUAGUUAGAGCUCACUAAAACCACUAGGAAGUUGCCAAGCAACAAGAGAUAGAAAAACCCUAAAUAGCCCCCUGUACAAGUUAACCAAAUCCCAAUCAACCCCUCUCUUUCUCCCUUCUCUAUCCCAGACACCCCCCCCAAAAAAGAAAAAACAACAAAAAGCAACAACAGCAACGCAUGCAUAUAUAAAGGGGUACCCAGUCAACCAAGCGUUGUGAGCCCCGCCAGUUUGAUUAACUGGUGGUGUGUUCGAAGAGGCAAGGAGGCUCAUAAAACCAUGUUGGACCUUCCUACUAAUUUCACUUAAUGAAGCCAAAGGUAGCGGCCCAACUCCUUGCAAUAACCAACUAAAGGAUGAGAAUAUAUAUGUUUACAUGUUGUCUGUUAUGUGUGUUGUCUGUUAAUACAUAUGAGAAUAUGUAUGUUUACAUGUCGUCUGUUAUGUGUGUUGUUUGUUCCUUCUGUCUCUGACAGACUGCCUUUCUUAAGUGCACAUAGUUUAAACUGCAAGCUUGCUUCAAAAUUUUAAAUCUAAGGAAGCCAGGCUGGACCUUGUCAAUCCUAAAUAAGACAAAAAUGAGAAUGAAGUGUGCAAAUGUUUACCCCACCUCUUGCUUUGCCGCAACCUUUGAGAUUGUGAGUCUACAGUCUAUUUUGGAAUGUGAAGUUAACCUAAUGUUUCUGCUGCAAAAGCGUAGUUGAGCACAACUGCUCUCUCAAGCUAAAAUGCAGUGUCUGUAUUUCAUUAAGCACAUGCCUAUGAAAAUAGGUGUUCCUUCUAAGAAAAUUGUUAAUAAAAGGUAGAAGCUUCGAUAGACAACAAUUCUCUAUCUAUAGAGUCCAGUCCUGAUAUCAGUCUCUAAGAUCAGCCAGGGUUUCCUGGCUUUUUAUUAGAAAAUGCCUUCCCCACUUGUUUCAGUCUCUUUCAGGUCCCCCCCCCCUUCUUACUUCCGUGCCGAGUGAAUUUACUCCCGAGUAAGCUUCCUUCAACAAGGGAGGGGGGCACAUUCUUUGCUAAAAGUACCCGACAUCUCACUUUCCUAUGUAUCGUUAUUCCUAUGCGAGUUCAGAAACAUUAUUAACUUUUGUAUCCCUUUUAAAUCAAAUCCAGGACUGUUUUUAUUAUUUGUGAGUGGUUAUAUCAACUGAAAUAACUCUAUGCUUAUAGAAUAUUCUCUCCCAGAUUCUCUUCCUAUCUUAUCUUAGGAAAACUGUUCUUCCUUUAAGAUCAUUUCUCUAGGAACUUGCACUCAUUAGUCUAAGGAAGUAAACUCUCACUCAAACUAUCUCAAGAUCUGCUAAAAGGGUUCUGUGUAAAGUUGGGUACUUUUAUUUUCCUCUUCCUUAGUACAUGAUAGGAGCAUAGGUGUUUCCUUUCGCAGUUGUAAAUCUGUACUUAAAUGUGUAUGUCUCUUUGGUAGUACAAAUCUUGCUGUGAAAUCUUGCUGUGAACCCUAUAUUUUGGAGGGUUGGACUAGAUGACCCCAGGGUCCCUUUCAACUCUCCCAAUUUGUGGCCGUGUGGAAGGACAUGUGUCUGCAAACAUUGGAGGGUAAUUGUUAAAUUCUGGUGUGGUGAUGGAGUUGAAAUUCAGCCUAGCUUUGCUCUUUAGUUUUAAAAGGUGUGAGGUGAAGCCUUGAUGUUUUGAAGCACAACUGGUAAUAUCAAGCAUUUGAGUGAUUACAGUGUUUAUCAUUUUGUCUACUAUUUAAAAAUCAGACUUCAAAGUCAAUUCAAAGUUUCAGCACAUACAAAUACAUAUGCGCCUUGACCAAUAAAUGACUGAGAAUGUUAAAAAAUCCUAUGAAUUCUGACUCUCUGGCCAUUUUUUCCCAUAUAUAAGGGCGUGGCAUUGUUCCGCGAAUGGCCAGAGGGAUAUUAGCCCUUUCCUGUACAUAAAGGAAGCAGUCCCUUUGCUUGGGCUGCAAUUGCUAGCUUUGGUGAAUACUUGAAUCGCUGAGUUUCUCUUUUUUGUUUUAAAAUCUAACCCUAUUUUUAAAAUCUACUCCUUACCCUUCCCUUCCCUUAUUCAAAUGGUAAUUUAGCCAAAAGAUUCAACAUUUUCAAUAGUAUAAAAGGUUUGCUGAGACAUGAACUCUGCACAUGCACAGAGGCUAGAUCAGCUAAACAAUCAAAAAAGGGGAGAGGAAAGAGAGAGAGAGAGAGGAAGGAGGGGAACUGUAAGGGGGGAGAGGAGGUUUCGAGAGCUUGGGCUGCAGGGAGAAACUUAUCCAAAUUUCCUUAUGUAAAACUUGGAACCAUUGAGGGAAUUCACCCUUAAUGUGUCCUUUGCUCCAGGGGCUACGUAAGACAAAAGGGUUAAGUACUAGCCCAUCAAAAGUCAAGAGGUUUCCAGGUUUCAAAUCUUAACAUGCCAAAUUCUUUUCACAGGUAAAUAUCAAAGCGCUCCCACUGUGAGUUCCACUCUUGACUAGUUCUCCCACCCCCAAUGGGAUUUAACUUUUAUAACAGGCUUUGUGUGCAUUAUAGGAACAGCAUUCCUGACAGAGAUUUUCAAAGGAAAUAAAAAUUUCCCUUUAAAACAGGAUACGUGAACUCGGACCCACAUAAGCAAAAUGUUUAAUAAUUUGCCAAUUGUGUUCAAAUUAACAAAGGUUUUAUCCCUUCGUUUCUUCCACAGCCAAACUAAGUGAAGGAAAUUAAAUGUAAAUGAUUAUAAUAUUUAAAUGGAUAAAAUGCCUAACUAUGAGUUUGUAUUUACAGCCUCCCAAGAAGAAAAUUUUAGAAUAUUCUCUCCUUUCUUGACUAUUAUCUUCCUCCUUAAAAAAAAAAAAAAAAAAAAAAGAUCAACAACAACAACUAAUUAUGUCUUCAGAUCUCAAAUCCCCCUGCAGGCCUAUUUCCAAAGGAUGCUUUGCGGGAGACCAAAAUAUUAAGACCAUCUCCUCACCAGCUAAGCAGCCUGCCAAUGCAUCACAGUAGCCACAACAAUUUCUUCCCAUAAAAGACUUGAGAAACUGACUAAUUUUGAAGGAAAUGCCCUUGUGCCCAAGUUUGGAAAUACAUGUAAAAGCAGCAAGAAUUGUCUCAAGAUCACAUUAUUGCCUCAAGAUAUGGUGUAGAAUUAAUAAUUUGUACGUUUUGUGUAUUAUGUGUUAUUAUGUAGGAAUGCUGAAAUGUGUCUGAUAAUGUGUUAUCUCCACAAAGGGGGCAAAAAUUUCUGUGUGUAAUUGUUUCUGUAUAAUGUAGGAUACAUAACUAUGAACAACAGAAGGAUAUGGCUUACACCCCAAGGUUUUUUUUUUUCCAUGGAGGAUUCUCAUAUAUUACAUGCUUUCCGAUAAAGCAGGCUAUAUUUAGAUUAAGUCAACUGAUGAUCAUAUUUCCUUGUCCCACCUGGCACUCUGCAGAGUGUCAACCUUCCUUACCCAUUUAUUUAUGUAUUUAAUGUUUUUCUAUACAUGAAGUUCCCAGACUUUUUACUAUUUCUUUCUUUCUGUUCCAGAAAACUAUUUCAAAUCUCUUCUAUGACUUCUCUGUAUCACUUGCAGAUUCAGUACUGUCUUUAAGUAGCAAUUGUUCUGUAUUUAUUUAUUUAUUAAUCUUGGUUUUCCCGUAUAGCUGUGAAAUUAAUCUAACCACAACCAAGUAUUAUUAUUGGAACCAUAUUUACAGGUAGCUUUGAAGCAACGCUCUUUAUUAUUAUUUGAGAUGUUUUGAUUAAAAUGCCAAAUGAAAAUGGGUGUAGAUCAUGUCCCAAAUUUUAUUUAUUUAUUUGAGGACACGACUACCAUAUGUAGAAUAAGGUUCCUUCACUUUCCUUACAUCUCCAACAUAUUAUUAUUAUUAUUAUUGAUAACAAGAAACGUGUAUAUGCCUUGAUGUAGCAGGAAUGGUCCCUUAUAGAGUUAAAUUGACUCAUUUGGACAAAUGCCCUUUUAAAGAAUGGUUUUGGUUUAACAUACUGGUUUUGAAAAGUUGAGAACCAUGGGGCAAGAUAAAUUCAAAUUGGACUCUGCUGGAAUUGGGCACGUGUAUCCAGGCUGCAACUAGCUUUUGGUCCUUUAAGAGCAAGUGAGCAACUUUCCAUGAGUGCAAGACCAGAGCCUGCAAUAAUAAAACCCCAUAGAAAGGCCAAGGCAAAGACAUCUCUCUCAUGAUAUGCCCAAGCCUGUGCCAGCUAUGGUGAGUGCCAGGCGACAUGGUUAAAUGAAAGCCCUGAGGGGAUUCAACAGGAUGUGUUACUGUACCACUAUGCCGGUGUGAGACCACAGAAGAGCUAGCUUGGCACCUGAAAACACAAAACGGUGGGGCUAAAAAGCAAACUGCAUUUUUUUUCAGUCAGUAGUGGACCUUCCUGCUAAAUGUAAAGCAUACACCACUAUUGAAAAUGUUUCUCCCAAGAGCUAGAAUGCCACAAGUAAUUUAGUAACAAAAUACAACAGGUGUUCUUUUUAUGUAAUUUCCUAUAUCCAGCUAUCUGCACUGCUAUACUUGCAAAUGACCGUAAGAGGCAUGGCUUGCAAGUCCCCUUCAGGUUUGCAUAAACCCACGCAUCUGGUACGGUAGAUACCAAGUUAUUAUUUAGCGCAUAUCUAUAUAACACGCGCGUACAUUGUAUUCGUACAUUGUAUUCGUCCGUGUUGUUCCCUCUUUUGCUACCCUGCUCAACCCACCUUCUUUUCCAUUAGAGCCUAUUCCCACUCACAGGGCACCUCUACAUUCACCGAGAUUUAGGGUGCGGAGAAAAGAUUUGCAAGUUCUUACAGAACUUUAAUGCAAAUCUAUCUCCGAAUGGGGGACUGAUACGGAAGGGGGGGCAUGUCUUCUUCUUCACCUUCUUCGCUACAAUAUAUCCAUUUAUUUCCAAUUGCCAAUGUCAAAAGGGACUAAAAUCUAUAAAAUUCAUAGAAAAUCAACUUGCCAAUUUGCUCAAUUUCUCUAGGACUCCAUGACACCUCCCCUGCCCUCCAUAAUCCCUCAAGCAAGGUGUCAAGACCCUAAUCCUGUCAAAUCGCUCUGCCAAGCCCUUCCUCCGGGCGAUGCCAGGUGACAGACUAUGCAUACAUGGACCAUUGUCUUCUCAGGAUGUGCUUAUCUGCGCAUAUCUCCAGCUCUGCAUAUUCCCCCCUCCCUCCUCCAUAUGUUAAUCCGGUGUAACCCAACCUCUUCCUAAUGUAUUCGUGAUGUAAUCUGUGUAACCCAACCUCUUCUUAAUGUAUUCAUGAUGUAACUGGGAUGUAUUUUGCACUGUAUUCUGGGACAUGGAGGGAAAUUUCAAAAGUUCAUGUCACCCCUUUCUCGCUGUUCAAUCUCGUCUUGAACCUGUUGCGCAAUAAACUUGGAUCUCCUGGAACUUGCUCCCGUCUCCGGCUGAGCUCAUUUUCUUCCGCAGGGACCCGCGGACUCAGUCCGACGAGCUGGGUGGCAGAGUAACCCCGCACCCAGAUUUUACCGUAACACAGCCAACUAAGGAAGUGAAACCUAUAGGACGGCCUCACAUCUCAUUCUCUUCAGAUCUUCCUCUGUCACAAGCAUUCAUUAACAUUGUUCAAUAAUCUGGAGCUCCCAUUUCCUCCUGAGACUCUAAUUAGCAUCUCUCUUCAUUGCAGAUGGUGAUGAAUUGGAAGGGAAGAACAAGGGGGAGCACAACAGAAUCCAGAUAGCGGAGAAGUCAUAUAAAUAUUCAGAGUGUGGAGAGAACAUCCGUCAAAGCUCCCAGUCCACCUCCCAUCAAAGAAAGAGCUUCAUUCGAAGGAAUAGCCUCACUUCACACGAAAUAACACAGAGUAGGAAGAAAUCGUAUCAGUGCUUGGAGUGUGGAAAGAGCUUCAAUCGAAAGAAUAAUUUCACUGUGCAUCAAAGAAUUCAUACAGGGGAGAAACCAUAUCAGUGCUUGGAAUGUGGAAAGAGCUUUCGUCAGAGUGGUGAACUCACUUCCCACCAAAGAAUUCAUACAGGGGAGAAACCCUAUCAGUGCUUGGAGUGUGGAAAGAGCUUCAAUCAAAAGGGUCAUCUCACUUCUCAUCAAACAAUUCAUACAGGGGAAAAACCCUAUCAGUGCUUGGAAUGUGGAAAGAGCUUUCGUCAGAGUGGUGAACUCACUUCCCACCAAAGAAUUCAUACAGGGGAGAAACCCUAUCAGUGCUUCGAAUGUGGGAAGAGCUUUCGUGUGAGUGGUGAUCUCACUUCCCACCAAAGAAUUCAUACAGGGGAGAAACCCUAUCAGUGCUUGGAGUGUGGAAAGAGCUUCACUCAUAGCUCCCAUCUCACUUCCCAUCAAAGAAUUCAUACAGGGGGAAAACCCUAUCAGUGCUUCGAAUGUGGAAAGAGCUUUCGUGUGAGUGGUGAACUCACUUCCCACCAAAGAAUUCAUACAGGGGAGAAACCCUAUCAGUGCUUGGAGUGUGGAAAGAGCUUCACUCAUAGCUCCCAUCUCACUUCCCAUCAAAGAAUUCAUACAGGGGGGAAACCCUAUCAGUGCUUGGAAUGUGGAAAGAGCUUCAAUCAAAAGGGUCAUCUCACUUCUCAUCAAACAAUUCAUACAGGGGAAAAACCCUAUCAGUGCUUCGAAUGUGGGAAGAGCUUUCGUGUGAGUGGUGAUCUCACUUCCCACCAAAGAAUUCAUACAGGGAGAAACCCUAUCAGUGCUUCGAAUGUGGGAAGAGCUUUCGUGUGAGUGGUGAUCUCACUUCCCACCAAAGAAUUCAUACAGGGAGAAACCCUAUCAGUGCUUGGAGUGUGGGAAAAGCUUCAGUUACAGCGCCAAUCUCACUUCUCAUCAAAGAAUUCAUACAGGGGGAAAACCCUAUCAGUGCUUGGAAUGUGGAAAGAGCUUCAAUCGAAAGGGUCAUCUCACUUCUCAUCAAAUAAUUCAUACAGGGGAAAAACCCUAUCAGUGCUUGGAAUGUGGAAAGAGCUUCAAUCGAAAGGAUUAUCUCACUUCCCAUCAACGAAUACAUACAGGGGAGAAACCCUAUCAGUGCUUGGAAUGUGGAAAAUGCUUCAGUCAUAGCACCGGUCUCACUUCUCAUCAACAAAUUCAUACAGGGGAGAAGCCCUAUCAUUGCUUGGAAUGUGGAAAAUGCUUCAUUCAUAGCACCGGUCUCACUUCCCAUCAAAGAAUUCAUACAGGGAGAAACACUAUCAGUGCUUCGAAUGUGGGAAGAGCUUUCGUCACAGUGGUGAACUCACUUCCCACCAAAGAAUUCAUACAGGGGAGAAACCCUAUCAGUGCUUGGAAUGUGGAAAGAGCUUCUGUCAAAGGGGGACGCUCACUUCCCAUCAACGAAUACAUACAGGGGAGAAACCCUAUCAGUGCUUGGAAUGUGGAAAGAGCUUUCGUCAGAGUGGUGAUCUCACUUCCCAUCAAAGAAUCCAUACAAGAGAGACAACGUCUUAGUGUUUGGAAUGUGGGAAAAGAUUCAUUCAUUGCCCACCAAAUAAUUUAUACGGGGUUGAAAAUUGGGUCCCUCUCAAAGAGGGCUGCAGACAACCGACAGAUUACAACUGGGGAAUAUUUCACACAGGAAACCACAUCUGCUUGCAUGGACUUUUGUCAUAUAUGGAUUUAUAAAAGUGAAGAUGAAUCUUUGAUCUUUGUAAGCUUCCCUUAGGGCUCAGGAGGAGCAAGCUUGGAUUGUAGAGGAACCAAACAAGUAUUAACUGUGAAAUCUAUCGCACAGUGUGGUCUCUUACAGAAGAUUCUUCGGUUUGGGAAAAUAUCAGUCAGUUAAAAUACAUUACAUGUGUCUUAAUUUUAACUAAACAAAGGAAAGCUGGAAGACAGCCCAGAGUCCUGGAAGGUAAGACAGUGGAAUGAAAUAGGGCCUUCUGAGGAGGGACUGCACCGAAAAGAAUUGAGGGACAACAGGAAGAAGAGCACAAUUUUCAUCAUGCAUGUUAAUUUACAUAUAGAUCUGUUAAAUAUGAUGAAAGUUGCAUGCCAGUGGCUGUCAAGAUAAGAUAAAGGAUUAAGAUCGGGAUGAUAUUGGGAAUAAAUAAAAGAGAGAAAAGUAGGAACAAGAACAAAAAAAAAAAAAAUAAUCUCAUCAAUCUUUGACUUUUGUCUUUUGGGUUUCUCUGUUGUUAUUCUGUCUCUCACAGCUACAAUAAACCUACCAUUAAUAUU